CCAGAUGUUGCUGACGUUAAGAAAUUUACGAAUAGAAUAUUUAAAGAAGUAUUCCUGAUUUCCAUUUCAAAACACGUCGCUGUGAAUAUGGAAUCUGCAGGAGAGAGAGAUGCAGUAGCAGUGUGUGGUGAAGUGGAUAUCAAGGAAGAACCAAUAUUAACUGAACCCAGCCAGCAACCAUGUGAAGAAGAUGAACACAUCAUCAUUAAAGAAGAAAAUAUUAUUUUUGAAGAUUCUGAUGCAUGUGACCCACUACAGAUGAAGAAAGAGGAUGGUGUGUCAGAGGAAGAAAUCACUUCUCCACAUGAUGCAGUGCACAUAAAGGAAGAACCUGAGUUCCAAAGUGAAGUGGAGUUGACAAGUUGUGCCAGUGAACCAGAAAGGUUAUAUGGCCUUCAGAAGAAACUGAUACCUCACUGAAGAAGAAAUAAUAGACAGUGAUGCAGUCUAAAUGCAAUGUCAGAUCAUCUGGACCUUAUUGAUGUCGCCAUAUAUUCUUCUGAAGUAACUAUCUGACUGAUGAAGAAAGAAGUCCAGAUGAUCUUGUUGAGGCCUGGUGGGUAACGGGAAGAGAGGAUAUAUUGAAGGGCAAGUUCCCUUAUCCGGAGUUCUGAUAGGUUGGUGCCAGUGGGAAGUAUCCAGAUAACCCGGACGGUGUAACACUGUGCCAAGAUGUGCUGGCCGUGCACCGAGGCAUGUUUAGCCACAGGGUGAUCCUCAUUACCAACAAACACUGUCUGCCUGUGUCCGUUCAUGCGAAUGGACAGUUUGUUGCUGGUCAUUCCCACAUAGAAAGCUUCACAGUGUAGGCGGGUCAGUUGGUAAAUCACGUGGGUGCUUUCACACGUGGCUCUGCCUUUGAUCGUGCACACCUUCCGGGUUACAGGACUGGAGUAGGUGGUGGUGGGAGGGUGCAUGGGACAGGUUUUACACCGGGGGCAGUUACAAGGGUAGGAGCCAGAGGGUAGCAAAGGUGGUUUGGGUAUGUCAUAGGGAUGAACUAAGAGGUUACAAAGGUUAGGUGGAUGGCGGAAAGAUACUCUUGGUGGAGUGGGGAGGAUUUCAAGAAGAAUGGAUCUCAUUUCAGGGCAGGAUUUGAGGAAGUCGUAUCCCUGCUGGAGAGCCACCAUUCAGAGUCUGAUCCAGUCCCGGAAAGUAUCCUGUCACAAGUGGGGCACUUUUGGAGUUCUUCUGUGGGAGGUUCUGGGUUUGAAGGGAUGAGAAAGUGGCUCUAGCUAUUUGCUUCUGUACCAGGUUGGGAGGGUAGUUGCGGGAUGCGAAAGCUGUUUUCAGGUUAUUGGUGUAAUGGUUCAGGGAUUCAGGACUGGAGCAGAUUCGUUUGUCACGAAGACCUACGCUGUAGGGAAGGGACCGUUUGAUAUGGAAUGGGUGGCAGCUGUCAUAAGGUACUGUUGCUUGUUAGUGGGUUUGAUGUGGACGGAUGUGUGAAGCUGGCCAUUGGACAGAUGGAGGUCAGCGUCGAGGAAAGUGGCAUGAGAUCUGGAGUAGGACCAGGUGAAUCUGAUGGAACCAAAGGAGUUGAGGUUGGAGAGGAAAUUCUGGUGUUUCUCUUCACUGUGAGUCCAUAUCAUGAAGAUGUCAUCAAUAUAUCUGUACCAUACUUUGGGUUGGCAGGCUUGGGUAACCAAGAAGGCUUCCUCUAAGCGACGCAUAAAUAGGUUGGCAUACGAGGGGGCCUUCCUGGAGCCCAUGGCUGUUCCCUUUAAUUGUUGGUAUGUCUGGCCUAUGGAGUCAGGUGAAAGGUUUUGUAGUGGGCCUAAGGUUCUGAGGAUUCCUUGAAGCUCCGCCUGGACAUCAGGAAUGGGGUUACCUUGGCAAACUUUGUAUGUAGUGUUGUCCGAAAGCUGACGCAGUCCCUCAGCCACAUACUCCUGACUACGGUUGUGGAACCCUUGUCAGCCGGAAGAAUGACGAUGGAUCGGUCAGCCUUCAGAUCACGGAUAGCCUGGACUUCAGCUGCGGUGAUGUUGGAAGCAGGAUUAAGGUUUUUCAAGAAAGAUUGAGAGGCAAGAGGCUGGAAGUGAGAAAUUCCUGGAAGGUUUGGAAAGGGUAUUUUGAGGAAGAGGAGGUGUGUCCCGCUGUGACGGAGGACAGAACUGUUCCAGGCAGGGUUCAAUUCGGAUACACACAGACACACACACAUACACACACACACACACACACACACACACACACGCACAAAAGCUAUGUCAAGGAACAAAUUUCAAAAGUUGAAAACACUGAUUCAUCCCAAGAUAAUGACAUAUCCAGUGAAAAUAAAUACAAUCGGAGAUUCAAAAUAAGACUUCUCUUGAAAAUUAUAAAUAAAUCUUCACAAAAAUUUGGAAUAUUUGAGAAAAAUCUGCCAGCUGAUUAAAUGAUAUUCAAAUACUGUGGAAAGAGUUGAUUGAAACACUUUAUCCGAGGCAAGCCUAUUACAUUUGGCUAUAAGUUAUGGUCUCUUUGUGGAGAAAGUGUGUACUGUUUCAAAUUUUAUUUGCACUGUGGAAAAGAUCCAGCAGAUACUGAAAGGGAUGACCUACUGUUGGGAUCAACAGUAGUCCCAAACAUGCUGGAUUGCAUUCAAAAGCCAAAAACCAUUGUGUGUACUUCAAAACUUUCUUCAUUAGUAGAAAUCUUCUGAUUCAUCUCAGAUAUCUGGGUUAUUGUGCAAUUGGGACUGUCAAAACAAGUCAAGCUGGGGACUGUCCCCUCCAGACCAGCAAGAAACUGAAAAAUACAGCUCAAAGUGAGUAAGACUAUCUGUUCAAAAGGAACUGUGAAGUCUUAUUUGUUAGAUGGCCUGUCAAGAAUUGUGUUACAUUUGGCACAAAUUUUGACAAAGUUGAAUCUUUGGGAGCAGCUACCCACUAUUUUAGAUAACCAAAUAAGCAGACACAAAUACAACAACUUACUGUUUUGAAGAUGUUUAAUGUGUGCAUGAGAAAAUUUGACCAUCAUGAGUGGUUAGUGGGAAAAUAUGCAACAGUAAUGAACAGUGAAAUUGGUAUUUAUAGAAAUGGGCAUCUUGGAAGGAAUUGAAAUAUUCAUCCAUGGCCACAUGGGGAAUAACAAGAUCCUUAAUCAAAUGACAGACUUCAAAAAUUCACAUUUCUUUUCCAGUUUCGCUACAGUACUCUUAGAAUAAAAGAUACAUAGCAUGA